AAAAAAAAAAAAUAUGAAAAAAAAAUACUAAAAGAAAAGCAUAAAUCAGAAUGUCGAAGAAAGAGGAUACACCGUUUGUCAUUGACUUCAAGCCAAAGGCGACGUCUAAAUAUGGCGCUGCAGGCACAAAUUCCAAUAGCAACUUACCGAGCAGCAGCACCAAUUCACCACCCAACAAUAACAAUCCGGAACGGACACCAUCAACUAUGUAUGUACUACAUGGACAUCGUAACAUUGAAGUACGCGAUCACUGUCAUCGGCAGCGCACUGAAGGCGUUGAUGUGAAGGCGCGAAAGAAGCUGAUCAUUGCCAGUAUACUUUGUUUGGUCUUCAUGGUUUGCGAGAUUAUUGGUGGCAUUUUAUCAAACAGUUUGGCGAUUGCAACAGAUGCCGCUCACUUACUAACAGAUUUUGCUAGUUUUAUGAUAUCAUUGUUUGCCAUCUGGAUUGCUGGGCGACCAUCAACACAGCGCAUGUCCUUUGGCUGGUAUCGUGCCGAGGUUAUCGGUGCCAUGGCCUCGGUUGUGAUGAUUUGGGUCAUUACCGCUAUACUCGUUUGGUUGGCUGUGCAACGUUUGAUUAAUCGCGAUUUUGAAGUGGACGCCACGAUUAUGUUGAUUACUUCGGGUUUGGCGAUUUUGGUUAAUUUGAUCAUGGGCAUACAACUGCAGCAUGGUCACACACAUGGCGGCAUGUCUAGCGCGCAUGGUCAUAGUCACGGUGGCAAGGCCAAAAAGCAGAAGGGCAAAAAAGGUGCCAAUCUACAAGAAGCUACCGGUGGUAACCUCGAUAUCACUACCUCUUCUAGCAAACCGCAUGAUAGUCAUGAUAAACGCUAUGUGCCGGGUCCGACAUGCUCACCAUCAGGUCAUUGCUCCUUACCGCCGACGCAACGUCCACUGGAGGAUGGCGCUGGUGAUUUGGAAAUAGACACUAGUGAUGCUGUAAUACCUGCCGCCGGUUUAUCCACCUUUUCUUAUCAAAAUUCAACUUCGGUGAAGGAUGUACGCGCUGAAAUCGCCGCUGUGAUGGCGGAGACAGCACCAGGCAGUCAUCAUCACGGUGGUGCAGCUGCACGUGAGGCCGAGAAUUUGAAUGUACGCGCCGCUUUCAUACACGUGAUUGGCGAUAUGAUACAAAGUGCUGGCGUCUUUGUGGCUGCGCUGAUUAUAUUCUUCCGUCCCGAUUGGGCAAUUGUCGAUCCCAUUUGUACGUUCAUAUUUUCCAUCAUCGUGCUCUUUACGACGUUCGCGAUUAUGAAGGAUGCGCUGUUGGUUCUAAUGGAAGGUACACCAAGCUAUAUGCACUAUGCGGAGGUCCUUGAGGUCUUCGAACAUAUUGAGGGUGUGAGACGUGUACAUAAUUUGCGUAUUUGGGCGUUGAGCAUUAAUAAAAUUGCUCUCUCUGUGCACUUGGCGAUUGCAUCCGAUGCAAAUGCCAAGCGCAUUUUGGAGGAGGCCAGUCUUGCAGUUCAUCGGCGUUACAAUUUCUUUGAGACGACCAUACAAAUUGAGGAGUUCACACCGCAAAUGGAGAACUGCCAGCAGUGCUGUGUGCCGAGCACAUAGGUAGCGUGUAAGCAGGUUAAACUGCUGCUGAGUUAUUACAGAGUUCACAGACAACAAAUGAAGAUUUCUAUCAACUAGUGGCAACCAUUUUCAUUUUGUUUGCUGUUAAAAAAUUUAUGUCAAAUACAAUUUUGUAACUU